GGAAGAGAGCCGCCGAGGCCGUUAGCUCGGGCUGCUCCAAUCUGACGGACAGGGAGGAGGGCUCGCUCGUCGUCCGUCGAGUUUUUAGCCGUUUUAAACGACAGGAACAUAACGAUAUAGUAACAGACAAACCGAUAAACAUGGAUCGGAAAUCGGUGGGUGUAGAUGCCCCUUUGUAGAUAGUGAACGCGGUCUUUUAGCAGUCGGAAAACGGCCCUGGACGGAGCGAGUCAGCGGGUUUUCAGAGCUAGCCGAUCAGCAGCAGGCGAGCGAGCUAAGCUAAAGUGUCCAGGAAAAAGCACAGCGACUCAGUGAGGGUAAGAAGAAUCAACACUGCUGGACUGCUUGUCUGACCCACCGUCUCCACUGCUGCUCUAUGGCCCACAGGUAGUACGGCUAGGCUCCAGUGUGAAGCUGCACAGGUGAGUCUGACUCAUUCUAUAGGGGCAGCGCACGCAGCAGGACAACAGGAUAUGCAACUUUCUAAGUGUUCCAGUGCAAACAGGACUACAUACAUACAUACUUACCUGUCUGUCUGCCUGCCUGCAUGUGCUUGAGAUUCUGGGUGCGAUGAGCGAAGAUGAUGGAUCUACCUUUUUACACUCUGACUUUGUGGAUUUUAUUGGAAAACGGAAAGCUGUGAACUUCUCCACUCUGCUUAAAUAAUAAAAAAAAAUACAAGACAAACAAAAGAGAUUUACUGUCUUCUGGGACGAGGAGACAUCUCAGACGGUCUCUCAGAAUAUCCUCGCCUGGAUCAAGUCAUGUGUUAACGCAGUAAAAGUCGUCUGUCCAGUUACAGAUGCCUCAUUUCCGACAGAAGAUGGUGUGUCGUGAUACAGUAGCCAUGUAUCUGGAGUGAAAGUGCACACACUUGCACACAACACACCCAUGGAGUUUCUCAAGAGCCUCGUCCCCACCGUCAUCUCUGGGGACGGAGGAGGGAUGGUGGAGCCCGGGGGGCUGUUGCCAAGGGAGACUGGUCCACGCUUGCUGAGGAUAAAGCGCUUGAGCCUGAUGUCAAUGGGACAAACCAUAGAGGAAGACCCGGAGGGGUCGCGCCGACCAACCCGACCAACUCGCCUGACCCGACAUUACGCCAAAGCCUCUGUCCCUGUGAGCAGCAGCAGUGUGAGUAGACGUCGUGCAGCCCCGUCAGCCCCGCUCAGCUGGGAGAGGCGCAGCGCCCAGGCCGCAGCCAUGUCCAGCAUUACCAUCGACCCCGAGGCCAAGCCUGGCGAGUUCGUCAUCAAGAGCCUCUUUGCCGAGUUUGCGGUACUCGCCGAGAAGAAGAUUGAAGUGGUCAUGGCCGAGCCUCUGGAGAAGCCUUUAUCUAGAUCUCUGCAGAGAGGGGAAGAUGCACAGUUUGAUCAGUUACUAAGCUCUAUGAGCUCAAUAGCAGAACACUGUUUGCCCUCGCUGUUGCGGACGCUGUUUGACUGGUACCGGAGACAGAGCGGCACUGAGGACGAGUCCUACGGGUACAGACCCAGAUCCAGCACCAAGUCCAAAGGGGAUGAGCAGCACCGGGAUAAAGACUACCUACUGGAGAGGAGGGACUUAGCCAUAGACUUCAUUUUUUGUUUAGUUUCAGUAGAAGUUUUGAAACAGAUUCCUCUUCAUCCUGUGCCAGAUGCAUUAGUCCAUGAAGUCCUUAACCUGGCAUUUAAGCACUUUAAACACAAAGAGGGGUACUCUGGUCCCAACACUGGCAACGUGCACAUCAUUGCAGAUCUAUACGCUGAGGUCAUCGGAGUCCUCACCCAGUCCAAGUUCCAGGCAGUCCGUAAGAAGUUUAACACAGAGCUGAAGGAGCUGCGGCAGAAGGAGCAGAGUCCUCAUGUGGUGCAGAGCAUCAUCAGCCUCAUCAUGGGCAUGAAGUUCUUCAGGGUCAAAAUGUAUCCUGUGGAAGACUUUGAGGCUUCCUUCCAGUUCAUGCAGGAAUGUGCCCAGUAUUUCCUGGAAGUGAAAGACAAGGAUAUAAAGCAUGCGCUAGCUGGCCUGUUUGUGGAGAUCCUCAUCCCUGUAGCUGCUGCGGUAAAGAAUGAAGUGAAUGUGCCCUGCCUGAAGAACUUUGUGGAGAUGCUCUACCAGACUACAUUUGACCUCAGCUCCAGAAAGAAGCACUCACUGGCACUGUAUCCUCUGGUCACAUGUUUGCUGUGUGUCAGCCAGAAACAGUUCUUCCUCAAUAACUGGCACAUCUUUCUUCAGAACUGCCUUUCGCACCUAAAGAUGCCCUCAAACAACAGCAUCCGUAAGCAGAUUGAGACCCUCCAGAACAAAGAUCCUAAAAUGUCUCGUGUAGCACUGGAGUCACUCUACAGGCUGUUGUGGGUCUACAUUAUCAGAAUCAAGUGUGAGAGUAACACCACCACACAGAGUCGUCUCCUCAGUAUUGUUUCAGCACUUUUCCCCAAGGGCUCCCGCAGUGUUGUGCCCAGGGACACACCACUCAACAUCUUCGUCAAGAUCAUUCAGUUUAUCGCUCAGGAAAGGCUUGACUUCGCCAUGAAAGAAAUAAUCUAUGACCUGCUGUGUGUGGGCAAGUCUCACAAGACCUUCACCAUCAACCCAGAGAGAAUGAAUAUUGGUUUGCGAGCGUUCCUGGUGAUAGCAGAUAGUCUUCAACAGAAGGAUGGCGAACCACCGAUGCCGACCACUGGAGUCAUCUUGCCCUCAGGCAAUACCUUACGGGUCAAAAAGAUCUUCCUCAACACCACCCUCACAGACGAGGAGGCCAAGGUCAUUGGGAUGUCUCUGUACUACCCUCAGGUGAGGAAGGCUUUGGAUAACAUCCUCAGGCACCUGGACAAAGAGGUGGGCCGCUCCAUGAGUAUGACCAAUGUGCAGAUGUCCAAUAAAGAGCCAGAGGACAUGAUCACUGGAGAGCGGAAGCCGAAGAUCGACUUGUUCCGGACUUGUGUGGCUGCCAUCCCCCGACUGAUUCCUGACGGCAUGAGCAGACAGGACCUCAUUGAGCUUCUGGCAAAGUUGACCAUCCACAUGGACGAGGAGCUGCGUCAGCUGGCCUUCACCACUCUGCAGGCUCUGAUGGUGGAUUUCCCGGAGUGGAGGGAGGACGUGCUCUCAGGCUUUGUGUACUUCAUAGUGCGGGAAGUGACGGACGUGCACCCCACCCUGCUGGACAACGCUGUCAAGAUGCUGCUGCAGCUCAUUAGCCAGUGGAGAGGGGCAGUGCAGACCAGCAACCGCAGCCAUGACUCCCAGAGCUCUAAUGGCAGCGCGUGUCUUCCUCUGGAGCGCUCUCCUCUUUGGGGUGUUCUGCAUGUGGUGGAGGGUCUGGCGCUGGUGGUGUUGUGUAGCUGCAGGCCGGCAACACGCCGCCUCGCCGUUAAUGUGCUGAAAGAGGUCAGAGCACUGCACAACGCCCUCGGCAUCGCUAAGGGAGAUGAGGAGCUGACCAUAGAUGUGAUGGACAGAAUAAGCGCUUCAGUUCUAGAGAGUUUUAUCCACCUGACUGGGGCCGAUCAGACUAACCUCCUGUACUGUCCCAGUGGAAUAGACCUGCUGACUCUGGCCGAGUGGAGCUCCUCACCCAUCAGCCAUCAGUUCGAUGUGGUCAGUCCUUCGCACAUCUGGGUGUUCGCUCACGUCACGCAGGGUCAGGAUCCGUGGGUCAUCAGCCUAUCCAGUUACUUGCGGCAGGAGAAUCUCCCCAAACACUGCCCCACUGCACUGAGCUACGCCUGGCACUUCGCCUCCACCCGCCUUCAACUGCUCUCUCCUCAAGUUGACAUCAAUAGCCCGAUCAAUGCAAAGAAGAUGAACAGCCUGAGCAGCAGCACCGACUCCUACAUCGGCCUGUGGAGGAACUACUUGAUCCUCUGCUGCAGUUCUGCAACCUCCUCUUCGUCGUCCUCCUCCUCAUCCUCAGCCCCCGGCUCAGUCCGCUGCUCCCCUCCCGAGACGCUGGCGUCCACCCCGGACAGCGGAUACAGCUAUGACUCAAAGAUCAUUGGCAUUCCGUCCCCCUCCUCGUUGUUUAAACAUGUGGUUCCUAUGAUGCGCUCUGAGAGCAUGGACAUCACUGAGUCUCUCGUCCUGGGGCUUGGCCGGACCAACCCCGUUGCCUUCAGAGAGCUCUUGGAGGAGCUGAAUCCCAUCAUUAAAGAGGCUCUGGAAAGAAGGCCAGAGAAUAUGAAGCGGCGCCGGCGUCGUGACAUCCUCAGAGUCCAGCUGGUCCGGAUCUUUGAACUGCUGGCUGAUUCAGGUGUCGUCAGCCAGAUUGGGAGUGGAGGGCUGGAUGGGGAGAGCCAUUCUCUGAACGGCACUCUUCUAGAAUAUGUGGAUCUAACACGGCAGCUUCUGGAGGCUGAGAACGAUAAAGACUCGGACACACUCAGAGACAUCCGCUCCCAUUUCAGUGCUCUGGUGGCCAACAUCAUUCAGAAUGUUCCAGUGCACCAGAGGAGAAGCAUUUUCCCCCAGCAGUCUCUGAGACACAGUCUGUUCAUGCUGUUCAGUCACUGGGCCGGACCCUUCAGCAUCAUGUUCACUCCUCUUGACCGCUACAGUGACCGUAACAUGCAGAUCAACAGACACCAGUACUGUGCUCUUAAGGCUAUGUCUGCAGUGUUGUGUUGUGGUCCAGUCGCUGAUAAUGUUGGUCUGUCGUCAGACGGAUAUCUCUACAAAUGGCUAGACAACAUCCUGGACUCGCAGGACCGCAAGGUGCACCAACUGGGCUGCGAGGCGGUGAUGCUACUGUUAGAGCUGAACCCAGAUCAGAGUAAUCUGAUGUUCUGGGCAGUGGAUCGCUGCUACACAGGGUCACGCAGGGUUGCCACCGGAUGCUUCCGAGCCAUAGCCAAUGUCUUUCACAACAGGGAUUAUCAGUUUGACACGGUGGUGCUGCUGAACCUGAUCCUGUUUAAGGCUGCAGAUUCCUCCAGAGAUAUCUAUGAAGUAGCCAUGCAGCUGCUCCAGAUCUUGGAGCCAAAGUUGUUCCGUUAUGCCCAUAAACUGGAGAUCCAACGUGCUGAUGGGGUUUUGACUCCGCCCUCUCCACUGCCUCACCUUUACUCAGUGUCCUACUACCAACUGAGUGAAGAGCUAGCACGCACAUAUCCUGAGCUCACCCUGCCCAUCUUCUCAGAGGUCAGUCAGAGGAUCCAGACGGCGCACCCUGGUGGUCGGCAGGUGAUGCUGCACUACCUGCUGCCUUGGAUGAAUAACGUGGAGCUGGUGGAUUUCAAGCCCACAGCUCGACGACAGGAGGAGCCUGAGGAGGAAGAGGACGCACGGGAGAUGAUGAUGGUGAACAGCCGGCGCUGGCUCAGAGGAGAGGGCUGGGGGUCACCACAGGCCACCACCAUGAUCCUGAACAACCUCAUGUUCAUGACUGCUAAGUAUGGGGAUGACUAUGCAUGGUCAGAGAUUGAGAACGUAUGGACCACUUUGGCAGACAGCUGGCCCAAAAACCUCAAAAUCAUCCUGCACUUCCUCAUCAGUAUGUCUGGGGUCAACAGUGAACCAAGUCUCCUGCCCUACGUGAAGCGUGUGGUGGUCUACCUGGGCAGGGAUAAGACUAUGCAGCUUCUGGAGGAGCUGAUGUGUGAGCUGGAACUGAUGGACCCCGUGAGCUCGGCUGUCACUCACAUGGAUAACCCACCCUAUUACCGCAUCACAUCAUCCUACAAAAUCCCCUCUGUUACAGGGACUGCAUCUAGUAGUAACACUAUGGUUCCUGGACCUGACGGCCAUCACGACAACAAACUCAAAGAUCCCAACAUGGAUGACAGUUAUUCUCAUUUAGACAUUUACAGUGGGCUGAACAGUAAUCUGAACAGACAGCACCACCGCCUGGAGUCCCGUUACAGCAGCAGCUCUGGAGGCUCCUAUGAGGAGGAGAAGAGUGACUCCAUGCCAGUCUAUGCUAACUGGCGUCUGAAGGUCAUGGAUCAUAACCGGCCCGAACCCCUCCCCUUUCCUCCCACGGGAGGGUGCUGGUCUCCACUGGUGGAUUAUCUGCCAGAGACCACUACACCUGGAGUUUCCCUCCACAGGUGUAAUAUUGCUGUCAUCCUGCUCACUGACCUUAUUGUGGACCAUGGAGUCAAAGUGGAAUGGAGCUCUUACCUGCAUCUCCUGCUGCACGCCAUCUUCAUUGGAUUUGACCAUCAGCAUCCAGAAGUUUAUGAGCACUGCAAGCGACUGCUGCUCCACCUACUGGUCGUUCACGGAACCAACAGCAGUGUCCAAUCGUUGGCGUCUGUCUUACUGCGCAAUCGAGAGUUCCACGAGCCCAAAGUUCUGACGGUUAAACCCAUUCCACAGGAGUUCAACCUCACAGGUGUGACAGAGCUGGUUCCAGACUACCAGCCGUCCCCAAUGACCGACUCUGGUCUGAGUUCAAGCUCCACCUCCUCUAGUAUCAGUCUGGGUGGAACAGCCCUGCCCCACCUCCCCAACACACUGCUGAAUGAGAUGGACCUGUCUGCUGAACAGGACGAGAAAGUGAAAAACCUCAUUGAGUUCAUAAGCUCCAGGAAGCGAGGUCCUCUGUGGAACCAUGAGGACAUGUCUCCUAAAAACCCCAACAUCAAGAGUGCUGAGCAGCUCAGCGUCUUCCUCAGACACGUGGUCACUGUCUUUAAACAGACCCCGUCAGGAUUCCAGCUGGAUCAGCUGUUGAGUGAGGUAGCCCUGCAGACGGCACUGUCCUGCUCCUCUCGGCACUACGCUGGCCGAUCUUUCCAGAUUUUCAGAGCUUUGAAGCAGCCGCUCACGGCGUCCACACUGUCAGACCUGCUCUCUCGCCUGGUGGAGACAGUUGGAGACCCGGGAGAAGAAGCUCAGGGCUUUGUGAUAGAGUUGCUUUUGACUCUGGAGGCUGGUAUAGACACACUGGCUGAUACCCUGAAGAACUAUGACCUGCUCACAGCACUUUCACAGGCUUCAUCCCAUGAUCCUUUGCUGGGCACCAAGUUUGCCAAUAACAGGAAGAGCACAGGUCAGCUGAACCUAAGCAGCGGUGGGCUUUUCCACAUGCACUACAAUCAUGCCCGCAGUAACUCCCUCCGUGCCAGCCUCAUUGGGGAGUGCAAGGGCGACCGGCGCCGCAGCAACACCCUCGACGUGGCCGACCGCCUGGGUGGAAGCCACGGCAACCUGGCCCGCACGCGGAGCUUAUCGUCACUGCGAGAGGGUGGGGUGCCGGGUGGAGGGGGAGGAGGAGGAGGCGGUAUGGUCGGAGGGGGAUCCGGCCUUGGAGAAGCGGGACCCCCAGUAGACCCCACUAACCUGAUGGCCACAGUGUUCUGGAUCGCAGCUUCACUGCUGGAGUCAGACUACGAGUUUGAGUACCUGCUGGCACUCCGCCUCCUGAACCGACUGCUGGCCCAGCUGCCUCUGGAGAAGCCAGACAGCCGGGAGCGGCUGGAGAGAGUGCAGGCCAAGCUCCGCUGGUACAACUUCCCCGGCCUUCUGCAGCUCUUCCUGAAGGGCUUCACCUCAGCCGCCACGCAGGAGCUUACCAUACACCUGCUCAGCAAGCUCAUCAGCGUGUCACGACAAACUCUCGUAGAUCCUUCACAAGUGGCAGGUUUUCCGCUGAACAUCCUGUGCCUGUUACCUCACUUGAUCCUGCACUUUGACAGCCCCACAGUGUUCUGUAAGGAGACAGCAGACCGCAUCGCUAAGGUGUGCGCUGAGGAGAAGUCGGCUACUUUAGCCAACCUGGCCCACAUGAUGAGCCUGUACUCCACGCACAGCUACUCACGAGACAGCACCAACUGGAUCAACGUGGUCUGCCGUUAUUUACACGAUGCCUUUGCGGACAUCACUUUUAACCUAGUAACUUACCUGGCUGAGUUGCUAGAAAAGGGGCUACCCAGCAUGCAGCAGUCUCUGCUGCAGAUCAUCUACAGCCUGCUAAGUCACAUAGAUCUGUCGGCUGCGCCAACCAAGCAGUUCAACCUGGAGAUCAUGAAGAUUAUAGGCAAAUAUGUACAGAGUCCCUAUUGGAAGGAGGCCCAGAACAUUCUGAAGUUGGUGGUGUCUCGCUCGGCCAGUCUGGUGGUUCCUGACGAGAUGCAGCGUUCCUACAGUGCAGAGUCAUCGGGCUCACCCGAGAUCGCCUUCACUCGCAUCUUCAACAACUCCUCCAAAGAGCUGCCUGGCAAAACGCUGGACUUCCACUUUGACAUCUCUGAGACACCCAUCAUAGGACACAAGUAUGGAGACCAAAGCAACGCAGCCGGUCGUAAUGGAAAACCACAGGUCAUUGCUGUGACAAGGAGCACAUCCUCAACAUCCUCUGGGUCAAACUCCAAUGGGCUGGUGCCGGUCAGCUGGAAGAGACCCCAGCUCUCUCAGAGGAGAACUCGGGAAAAGCUGAUGAACGUCCUCUCUCUGUGUGGACCUGAGACUGGCCUUCCCAAAAACCCCUCAGUGGUGUUCUCCUCAAAUGAGGAUCUGGAUUCAGGUGACCAGCAGAAUAGCCUGAUUCCCACAGUAGAGGAAGUGACACGUGAGGAGGAGGUGCAGGCAGAGGAUGCAGGAAGUGAACAGCAGUUUGGUGUCUUUAAAGACUUCGACUUCCUAGAUGUGGAGCUGGAGGAUGCAGAGGGGGAGAGCAUGGACAACUUUAACUGGGGUGUGCGGCGCCGCUCUCUGGACAGCAUGGACAAAGGCGACACUCCGUCACUGCAGGAGUGCCAGUACACGGGCAGCACGCCCAGCCUCAACCUCACCAACCAGGAGGACACGGAUGAGUCGUCUGAGGAGGAGGUACUGAGCGCUAGCCAGAUUCUCACCCGCUCCAACCUCCUCAACAGUGACUCUGCCACAGAUGAAGCUACAUCCAAUCACAUGGAUUCUCUACAGCAGUCCCAGGAGUCUUCCAGCAGUGUCCUCACUGAGGAAGCCAUGCCAACCCCGCCUCUGCCCCGCCCAGACAGCCCAAUCCAUGAGACCACGCAUUCCGACAGCAAUAUCAGCCAGCUGCCUGAGGACACCAGCAUGACGGCGGCAGACGAGCUGAGCAGCAGCGUGAGCGAGGACACGGGUUUCUGCAGCGCUCCUCCUCUGUCCUCAGAACCCCCCGAUCUGUGUGACCUGCCAGACUGCCCAGACCCUCAGGACCCUCCUGACGACCUAGACCCGGCCCCCCCUCCUCCGCCAGCUGUAGACAGCCCACCGGGGUACCUGUGUGAGGACGAGACCAUACUGCCCCCCACUGCACCUGAUAGUGCCCCAGAUUCAGUGUGUGAUGAGGACGUGACUCUGGCACUGAAGGAGCUGGAUGAGAGGUGUGAGGAAGAGGAGGCCGACUUCUCAGGCAUGUCCAGUCAGGACGAGGGUGAUGCGGAUGGUUUUCCUGAGCUGCAGGGCUCUCCGCCCCCCUCGCCCUUUCUUUCCGCCAUCCUGGCAGCGUUCCAGCCCAUCGCUUAUGAUGACGAAGAGGAUGCCUGGCGUUGCCAUGUCAACCAGAUGCUGUCCGACACAGAUGGGUCCUGUGCCGUCUACACUUUCCACGUGUUCUCCCGCCUCUUCCAGAACAUCCAGAGGAAGUUUGACUCCAUUACCCAUUCCUCAGUGAGAUUCCUUGGUGAGGGGCUCCAGCGAAUGGGAAACCAGUUCCUCAGCUCUCUGGAGGUCAUGACCUCCUGCUCCCAGUGUCCCACAGUUUUACUGGAUGCAGAGACUCUGGUCUCCUGUGGACUGUUGGAGACGUUAAAGUUUAGUGUGCUGGAGUUGCAGGAGCAUCUGGACACCUACAACGGCAAAAGAGAGGCAGCCGAGCAGUGGCUGGAGAACUGUAGAAAGACCUUUGGUGAUAAAGACAGCAGCCGUCGACCCACCACUCAAGCCCAGCAAAUGGAAAUUCUAGCAGAGCUGGAGCUGUGUCGAAGGUUGUAUAAACUCCAUUUUCAGCUGCUGCUGCUCUUUCAGGCCUACUGUAAACUCGUCAGCAGAGUGGACACCAUAAAGAGAGAGGCUGAGGUAACAAACAUGUCAGAGGAGCUGGCCAUCCUGGAGCACUGCCUGAAGGAGGCGGAGUCAGUGAGUGAUGGACAGGAGGGAGUGAGCGUGUCUGAGGCAGUUCAGUCCAACACAGAGACGGCCAUCCACUCGCUGAUUGAGAGUCUGCGGGCACAGGACUUCAGUUCUGCGCUGGCACAGGUCAAAGCCUUCAGAUGCUUGUGGCCUAACGACAUUUUCGGCAGUGAGAAAGAUGACGCGGUGCAGACCUUGCUGCAUAUUUACUUCCGACACCAGACGCUCGGCCAGACGGGCUGCCUGGCCGUGGUGGGACCAAGCAGGGAUCUGUCUCAGGCCAGCGCCCGCCUCAUGGAGCUCAACCUGCAGAUCCGCGAGGCUUUACACCGAGCCCAGACUCCUCAGAGCCUCAUCCACAACCAAACACCCACGCCCCAGACCCAGAUCGACACCCACAGCACAGUCCUCAGCACAGGCCUGUGAUGGAUACGGGAAAAGCAGGGCUGCCAAAUUCUCAGCAGUUUUGUAAGAGGCAGCACUGAGGACUGAGGAGUGAGUGUCUGAGAUAUCUGUGGUUGGGGUGUGAGUGUAAGGGGUUUGGGGGGGGGGAGGGGCAUUUCUAGAGACUUUAUCUUAAAGGGCUAAAGGAUGUGUGUGAGGAUCAUACUGACUUAAAAACUGAAAACACAAUUCCAUUUCCCCCUCUCCCCAUGAUGCAACAUGGUCGAGUUUCAGCCGAUGCUGAAGCGAAUGCGGAAAUUGAGGACCGGUUUGGUCGAGGACUUGUUUACUUGACAGACACUGGGCUGUGAUGACGCUGAACUUGAAGCUUUUUUGGCUGAAUGACCUACAACAUCUGGAGUGUCCAUAUGGGAGAAAACAAAAUGACCAAUGGUUGAUAUCUGCUUUGCUUAAGCUCUGGAACAGCGAAAAGGUGUUUAGUCAGGUGGCUCAUAGCCAUAAAUACAAAGCGGUGUGUAAACUGGCGGAAAAAAGUCGUUAGGGACUUCCUUUCACCUUGUGCUCAUUAAACACAAUUAAAACAAUAAGUACAUAUAAGAAAACAACAAACGCAUGCUUGAAAGUGAAAAAGCACUGCAAGAACUAUUUUUUUGAGAAAUGUAUUUUUAUUAGAGCUAACAGCCCUAGGUUGUAAAUGUUAGGAUAUUUAAUGUAUUAUCGAGAAGCGAGGGCCUGGCUCUCAGACUCUGUAUAAAGAGAGGUUUAUCUGGUUAACUUUAUUGACCUGCAUUGGGGAGAAACUUUAGCUUUCACUGGGUUGCUCUAACAAAAACUCCUACUCUAUAACCAAAUAAGUAGCUGCCUGUAGACAACCAUAGACUCAUGUGUCAGUGUGUGACGAGACACAGGGAGUGUGUGCCCCCGCGUGUCUGUGUGCGUAUGAGAGUGUGUGUGUGUGUAUGGCGCGCGCAUGAGCAAGUGUGUUUUUACAUAUGCCGAUAUUUGCACACACAUUCUCUAUCUCCUCCUCUCUCUCUUUCUCUCUAUCUCUCUCUCUCUCUCUCACACAUGCACAUUAGCACAUUAAAAUGCACCCACAAAGUGCGACAACUGGCUGCAACUCAUUAUGGAAAUAUCAAUAACUUAUUGUACUCUGUAUAUAUUUUAGAUGAAAUGUAUAGUGUAAAAGCAGUAUUUUUCCCUUGUACAUUUGUGUAAUGCAAUGUUUGACCAGAAUAGAGUAUGAAGCUAAUGCAAAAAAAAAAAGAAAAAAAAAAAAAACAGAAAUUCCAGCUGUAACAGUCACUAACAGUCACUUUCCAUCAUUUACCCAAGUCCCCUGACCUUCAGCCUUUUCUCUCUUAACAAGCAAGCCUAGCUGGGAGCUGAGAGCAGAGAGUGGGUGAGUCUCACCUUUGCUCUUGACCAUAUGCAUUCCUUAAUCUCCACUGUGAUCUUGAUGUGGGCUCAGAGAAAGCCCCCGCCGGGGGGGGGGGCGGUGUUUGUCCAUGUUGUCCCUGUGGUCAUGCUCAGGCUCAGGGCGGCACUGACGGAGUGGCGUCUCCGCCUCACUUCUCAAAAGCCACUGUGCUUCACUUCGCUCGACCGCAGGACGCAAAGCGCCGGGCCGGCGGACCAGGAGAGACGCCACAGUGUUGCGGCACAUUAAACAUGAAAACAAACAAAAAAAAUAUAUAGAAAUCACUGUAUCCAUUCCUCACAGGACUCUUCUGUUUGCUUGUCUGGUACAUUUUGAAUGCUGUUCUUAAUUAUUUAAUGGAUAUAUGGAUAUAUUAUUUACCUGGAGAAAAUCUAGUUUUUAUUUAGAGGUGCAUUAUCCCAUGUGUUUUUUUUUUUUCCCUCUCUGUUUUCUCUUUUUCUUUUUCCAUUCUUUUCAUCUCACUCAUUUGCCUUCCCCUGUCCUAAAUAAAUAAAAACCUAAUCGAACUCA